UUACCACAGCUCUGCUGCAUCUGUGGCUGCCGUGAAGGGACAAACCGAGAGGUCAAACAGCAGCAGUUUUACAGCGAACUUAAGGAAGAUAGAAAUGCUGUUGAAACACUAAACUAUCUAACGGAAGUAACCGCAGUAAUCUAAUAUUCAAGAGCAGCAGGUCUCCACCAGUUGACGUUUCAGACCAGUGACUGUCCGCCAUGUUGUCCAGGUUGAGAACAACCUGGUCCUUGCGGCCCUGUGUCUCUGUUUGCAGAUGGGCACACACCAAAGAGAAGGGCAAGCCUCUCAUGCUCAACCCUCGCACCAACAAAGGUAUGGCCUUCUCUCUACAGGAGCGACAGAUAUUGGGGAUACAUGGUUUGUUGCCUCCCAAAGUGGAGACUCAGGACAUCCAGGCCAUGCGCUUUCAGAAUAAUCUCAAGAAGAUGACUGAUCCCCUGGGGAAGUAUGUCUAUUUGAUGGGCAUCCAGGAAAGGAAUGAGAGGCUUUUCUAUAGGGUGUUGAUGGAAGACAUAGAGGAAUUGAUGCCAAUUGUCUAUACUCCCACUGUAGGCCUGGCCUGCACACAGUAUGGACACAUCUUUAGAAGACCUAAAGGCUUGUUCAUCUCCAUUCUGGACAAAGGACACAUCCGUUCCAUCCUGGACAACUGGCCAGAGACUAAUGUCGCAGCAGUUGUAGUAACUGAUGGAGAGCGUAUUUUAGGGUUAGGGGACCUGGGUGUUUAUGGAAUGGGCAUCCCUGUUGGAAAACUUUGCCUGUACACUGCCUGUGCUGGCAUUAGACCGGAGAGAUGUCUGCCUGUGGUGAUAGAUGUUGGCACAGACAAUGAGACUCUUCUCAAGGAUCCGCUGUACAUGGGCCUGUACCAGAAGCGGGACCGCUCUCAAGCCUACGAUGAUCUGAUCGAUGAAUUCAUGGAAGCUGUGGUGGACAAAUACGGGCAGGACACACUGAUCCAGUUUGAGGACUUUGGGAACCACAAUGCCUUCCGCUUCCUGAGGAAGUACAGGGAGAAGUACUGCACCUUCAACGAUGAUAUCCAAGGCACUGCAUCUGUAGCCCUUGCUGGUCUGUUAGCAGCUCAGAGAGCCAUUGGCAAACCUCUCACUGAACACCGGGUGCUUUUCCUGGGAGCUGGAGAAGCUGCCCUUGGUAUUGCUAAUCUGAUUGUCAUGGCCUUGAUGGAGACAGGGAUGACCCAAGCUGAGGCCAGACAAAGGAUCUGGAUGUACGAUAAACAUGGCUUGUUAGUAAAGAACAGACCGCAGGAAAUGGACAUUAACCAGGAGGCCUUUGUCCAUGACAGUCCAGGGAAUGCACAGAGCUUCCUAGAUGCUGUGAACACCAUCAAACCCACAGCCAUCAUUGGUGUGGCAGGAGCUGGACGUCUGUUCACCCACGAUGUCAUCAAAGCCAUGGGAACCCUGAACGAACGACCAAUCAUCUUUGCCCUGAGUAACCCAACCACUAAAGCAGAGUGCACAGCAGAGGACGCCUACACACUCACUGAUGGUCGAUGUCUUUUUGCCAGUGGCAGUCCAUUCGGUCCGGUGACUCUGAGUGACGGCCGCGUCUUCGUUCCUGGACAAGGGAACAACGCUUACAUCUUCCCAGGUGUGGCCUUGGCUGUGAUCCUGAGCGGAGUGAGACACAUCAGUGACACAGUAUUCUUAGAGGCUGCCAAGACUCUUGCAGAGCAGCUGACAGAUAAAGAGCUGGAAGAGGGCAGACUCUACCCUCCUCUCUCCAAUAUCAGAGAGGUCUCUAUCCAGAUGGCUGUCAAGGUGGUGGAGUAUGUCUAUGCUAAAGGCAUGGCGUUCCGCUACCCUGAGCCCGCGGACAAGAACCACCUUGUACGCUCUACUGUGUGGAACACCCAUUAUGACUCCUUCCUGCCAGACACCUACAACUGGCCAGGUGUCAGCUUCAGCCCCAAGACUAACUAGAAGUAGACCAGAGCCUCACCGUGCCCCAUGUUACAAUGUCACUCUUCCUCGUUUUCCAUUCUCAGUCACAGAUCUUUUGAGAUGGUCAUAUUUAUCUUAGUGCAAACAUCUGCUAAUUAAAAAAGGCAAUAGAAGUCCCUUACUGCUGCCAUAUUACUGCAUGUGCACUAAACCAGUCUCAUUAGAGCUGUGAAAAGGUAGAAUGGAAAGUCUUUUUGAAAGAGGGCAUUUGAAUGGAAAUGGCAUUUCACUUCACAUCCCAGUUCUUUAUCACGACUGCAUCUCACGUAAACUUGCAGUGCACCUAGAGGGCCAUCUGGUGGUGGGAAACGGUGGUGUGGAACUGUGGUUUCAUUCUUGAAACUUUGAGAUACAUUCGAAUGAUCUACACUCUAUUUUAAGAAAUAAAUAACAAAUAUCUGAACGGGGUAUAUUAUAGUAAAUUAUCACUAGAAAUUCUAUGUGAUUGUCAUGUAUUUCAGCAAGCAGAAAUCAGAAGACCCAACUCGCAUCAUUUUGAACUUGAAUUUAAAUAUGAAGUCAAUUAGAUCACGCUAGUAAAGCAAAGACUGUACACUUGAGCCAUUGCUCAAGGUUAAAAUGGGUCUUUACAAGAUAGUUAUUCUAUGAUUUAUGUUUGUAUUAUCAACCACUAUCUUUUCAGUCAUAAAUCACCUGGGAGUAAGUUCCCCCUUUGGUAGGAAAUGCCAUGCACAAUAAUACAAUCUUUUUCACCUAGUUGAAAAGGUAGUCACUCCACAUUUAUUGAUGGCUCUAGUUUGAUGCAAAAGUGUUUGGUCAUAUACACUCCUGAUGCAGAGGUUAGUCCACUUACAACUAGUCUGACUACAUGAAGCAGCCUAGAGAUAGCCAAACUUAAUGCACACAUUGGACAUUGCCUUUCUCAUAUCAAAUGGGCCUCUGGUGUUGAUCCACCCAAUGCCUGGUAUAAGACAUACGGUUAAAGACUCCUUUUUAACCUGUGUUUAAAUCAGACUGGUUAUCAGAGAAAGUCAAGUAGAGCAGAGGGUUGAAGUACUCGUCCUUUGUGUUCAAGCUUGGAAGAAAGAGGGAUAAUAUAAGUCAGGGGAGAAAUGGAGCGAGUAUUUAAAGAAACACCUUUGAAAAUGAUGAGAUUUUAUGAAGGGAAAUUAAAUGAAAUGUAUAUCUAAAAACACUUAAGGAACCAACGUCCACUCCAGUAUUUUAUUUGUUGGAAUGCUCUUGUUGCAUUGUGUUUAUAUGUAUGUCUAAAUUUAUUUUUAUUUUAUUUAAAUUGUUUUGUUUUAUUUUGUUUUUUGGCCAUUAUGCUCUAAAUUCAUGAGAAGGUCUGUCAUUGACGCUCCAGUAAUGAGUUGUGGUAAGAAAAAUCCCUAAAAAUGAACUCUUGCUUAUGUUUGAUAUAGAAACUAUCCUUAAAAUAUUUAAAGAAACAGUGUGCAGCAACAAAUGAUCGGAUAAAUGUUAUUUUCUAUAUUGAUUAUUUUUGUUCACUAUCCUUGUCCCUUUGUGGAAACUGAGACUGUCUGCUGAAAGCGUAUUUAUAAAGUUGUGUUAAGUACA